UGCCUCAUCUCUAUGUUUGUGCUCAACUGUAUUCUGCGGCUGUGCUCUCCGCGGUCAGGAAAAACCGGUGUGCAGCUAUUUGUGAGCUAUGGAGCAGAUAAAUAAUCUCCAGGUGGUUCCAUGCACCGACUCCAAUUAUCUGAAACCUUUCAGGGUGCACUAUAGCCAGCGAGACAUUUGCAAGCUCUCUUUUGUAUUGUCAUGGCAACCUCCAGUGUUUCCCUGUACACAGAAUGGAACAAAGAAGUACUGGGACUUCAUGCGCACCCAUGAUAGUGUGUCGGUGCUGAUCUUCAACACCACCUCCCACUGCUUCGUCCUGGUCAAGCAGUUCCGUCCAGCUGUGUACAUGUGUGAAUGGGAGCGCAGCAAGCCCAAGCCCCCGGAGCCGGCGGAGGGGGCCGAGGGAGCGGAGGGGGCCGAGGCCGGUGCGGCGGCCCAGCCAGAGGCCUCCGAGGCCGGGGAGGGUGGCAGCGACGGCGGGGAGAAGGCGGGCGAGGAUGCCGCCGGCGACGCCGCAACCACGGCGGCCCCCGGCCAGCCCCCCGCGUCGGCCGGCGUGACCUACGAGCUGUGCGCGGGGCUGGUGGACAAGCCCAACCUGACGCUGGAGGAGAUCGCCCGCCAGGAGGUGCUGGAGGAGUGCGGCUACGACGUGCCCGUCACUAAGCUGCGGAGGAUCACCUCCUACAGGUCGGGCGUGGGAGUGACCGGCGCCAAGCAGACCAUGUUCUACGCCGAGGUGUCGGAGGAGAACCGCGUGGGCGAGGGCGGAGGUCAGCCGCAGGAAGGCGAGCUGAUCGAGGUGGUCAAGGUGCCGCUGCACGAGGCCAUGAGCUUCGCCUACGACGAGCGGAUCCCCAAGACCAUGGGCGUCAUCUUCAGCUUCAUCUGGUUCCAAAGCAACAUGUCGCCCAAAUACAAAAUAUCCACCAACGUGUAACAGCAGCAAAAAAAAAAAAAAAAAAACCCUCCCUCUCACUCACCCUUCUCCUCCCCUUCCUCCUUUAACUCCACACCCCAUCCCCUCGAAACACUUACUGCACUGAUAUACCAGUCAUUCACCGCACAUACACACACGCACGCACGCACGCACACACACCACACCAUCCUCCUGACAUUAGUCACACUUCACUGUAAGUUCUGGUCUGACCGGGCUGUCAUUUGGCAAUCAUGUUGUACAUUCAAGAGACUUAACAGUGGUUCAAUUUUAGUUUCUUUCGUUUUUCUUUAGCUGUGGUACUUCUGUAUAACGAAGCAAAAUAUCAAGUUUGUUGUUUCAUACUGGAAGUUUUUUUUUUCUCUCAUUCUGUUUGUAGAAAUACUGCUAUUCCAUUUUGGUUGUGCUUUUAAUAAGUCAGGGUCUACACAAAAUCAGACUCCUCUUAUGGUAUACAUAGUGAAGUGGCAAGAUCUGGUUUCAGGAAUGCAUUAAUCACUACGAUCUUGCCAGCUGCACUUAAGCGCAUUGAUGUUCAUUCAAUUCAAGAUUUCAACAAAUUGUGGCACAUCUAGUUUAGACUUGCCCAGGCAUCUUUUAUUAGACUAUCACCAAGCCCAAAAAGCAAAGGUAAGCCAAGUACACAAGGUUAGUUGAAAUCAUUGGAACAUAUCGAAAGAGCCUUUUUUGUACCAUUGGAUGCAUUGUAAAAGCUACAUCAUUCCACAAAGCCAGUCCACAUCAACUUGAUUGUUUCUAAUGACAGGGCAUUUCCAGUAUACUGCUCACAGUUGUUUUAACAGAUCUGAGGUUAUGCCAAUUGGUUGUGAUUUAUUGCCAGUGUCAUAAAAUUCAGUGAUGGUUUGUGAAGCAAAAAGAACACGUCGUUUUCUUUGAGGUCUAGCAUAACGGUAAAAGAAAACGGUGGGUGUUGACGAUGACAACGAUGAUGAUGAUGAUGAUGGUGGUGGUGAUGGUGGUGAUGAUGGUGAUGGUGUUGAGACACUUGACAGCUUGACGCUUCAGAUAGUCCUCAGGUUAUUGGACCUGGCAACACGCAAGCAAACACAGGCUGUUGUGAAGGCUUGUUUUCAGCGUCCCACACAACCUGACCUGAAAAUGGUCUGUUAGUGCCAGAUGUGCCAUCGACUAGCACUCGGCGGGCGGAGUUGGAGCCAUGGGGGGAAAUUUGGUCUUCUGGUGGGUGAGAAGCAUACAUGUUUGGCUUGUUUGAAACAUUUGAAACCAACCCACUUUAAAGUAGCGGCGCGUAGUCAAACGGAAAACAGCUUUCAGAAGGAAAGCCACCCUUGCCUGAUCUUGAUGCGCUUAAUACGAAAAUUUGAAAUUAAUUUACUCCAGAUGUGCUUUCAUCGUGAAGGACUUGCAGUCCCUUCUGGCGCUAGCAAGACUGUCUGCAAGUCGAAAUCCUAAAAAAAGUUGUUUUACCGUCAACUGGAUUUUGCCGCACAAGGAAUUUGUCUUGGUGGUGUGGUGCAAAAAAUACUUAAAAUAAAUAGAAAAGAAAGACAAAAAUACCACAACAUGGUCAUGAACAGACUAUGAAGAACACAAAUAUACAGAUGGCUGAGGUUGUCCCUGAGUCCACAUUGCAUCGGGACUGAUCUUCUGCCCGGGAGUCUGAAUAAGGCCAAGUUGCACUGUUGUCCAGUCAAGCUGGUGGUCCGGACUUUACUAACGAAGGAGGGUUAGGUUUAGGGUUAGUAGCUAGACAACAACAGCAGCAGCAACAGCAACACAUCACAUUUACAUAGCGCUUUUCUAGACACCCAAAGCGCUUAACAGGAAAAAAUGCACAAAUCCGCUCUCCAUCUCCGUGACGAAAGGAUAUCAGACUUCAUUAAACUUAGGGUUUUUUUUGUCAGAAGGGGCCCUAAUUUAAAGCUUAGUGCAAAGGCAAUUCAAUAGCUUGACUAAAUCUGUUUGUGAAUUCAACACUAUAGACAAACAGGAUGCGUAAAGCGUCAACAUCAAGGGGACUGCCCAGUGCUCACGCAUGACGCAACAACAUCUGUAGUUCAUGCUCGAGACUCUUUGAGUUUGCUCGUCACCUGACUUUGUACUGUCCUCGUUUUGAAUUAGGGCCCAUGGUCUUUUCUUGAAAGAAAAAAACAACAAC